UCACACUCUUUCUUUCUUUCUUUCUGUUUCUUUCCAUCCAGAAAGAAAGAAAGAAAGCAAGAAUCAGUUCUGACUAUUGAAAAAUUCAACCAAUUUGAAUUCUCUCACAUUUACUAUCAACAGUUUCUAACAAUGGCGAGAAUAUUCGCCACAGUUUUGAUGAUAAUGACGAUAUUGAUGAUUGUAAAGGUUUCUGCGAGAUCUGAUAAGGAAACAAGAGAGAGAUUUUAUGGAAGUUUAGUGAAUUCGUCGGCGCCGGAGUCCGGCGAUGACGGCAGUAUUGCUAAAAUGUUUGAUCGUGUUUUAGAGAAAGAGUUUUCCGAUAAUGACGCCACUGAUGCUAGUUCUGCUCGAAGCAGUUUCAAUAACAGUGUGGCUGAUCAAGAAGCUGUACUGGAAACUGUUGCUAAAAUCACACAUGAGAAGGCUAAUAAAAAUGACACUCAAGAGACGACUGAAGAUGAGGGCACACAAACAUUGAUAGACAAACAGGACAACGUGUUCGUAAUAUCAAACAAGAAAUCUAAGUAUCCAAUACUUCAAGUAGAUGUAAGGCUGAUUUCAGAUUUGGUGGUGAUCAUUGUUUCUGCUGCUAUUGGUGGAAUUAUCUGUUCCUGCCUUGGACAACCGGUUAUUGUCGGCUAUCUUCUUGCGGGGUCCUUGAUUGGACCUGGUGGUUUGAAAUAUGUAAGUGAGAUGGUACAGGUUGAGACUUUUGCUCAGUUUGGUGUGGUGUUCCUUUUAUUUGCUCUAGGAUUGGAGUUUUCUAUGCCAAAGCUAAAAGCUGUUGGUCCUGUAGCUGUUCUUGGAGGUUUACUUCAGAUACUUAUUCUAAUGUUUUUGUGUGGAGCAUUGGCCAUGUUAUGUGGAGCAGAACUUUCAGAGGGUGUUUUUGUUGGUUGCUUCUUGUCAAUGUCUUCAACAGCAGUGGUUGUGAAGUUUUUGGUUGAGAAAAAUAGUAAUAAUGCUUUGCAUGGUCAAGUCACUAUUGGGACACUCAUUUUUCAGGAUUGUGCUGUAGGCUUACUAUUUGCUUUGCUGCCAGUUUUGGGUGGUAACAGUGGGGUUUUUCAGGGUUUGGUAUCAAUGGGAAAACUGCUGAUGACUUUGUCAACAUAUCUCUUUGGUGCUUCACUUUUGACAUGGUCAUUCAUGCCCCGAUUCCUUAAGCUGAUGGUGCAACUAUCAUCUCAAACAAAUGAACUCUACCAGCUUGCUGCUGUAGCUUUUUGCUUAUUAUCUGCUUGGUGCAGUGAUAAGUUGGGGCUAAGUCUUGAGCUGGGCUCCUUUGUGGCUGGUGUUAUGAUUUCUACAACGGAUUUUGCACAACAUACUUUAGAUCAGGUGGAACCAAUACGCAACUUAUUUGCAGCUCUUUUUCUAUCAAGCAUCGGAAUGCUGAUACAUGUGCACUUCUUGUGGACUCAUGUGGAUAUACUAUUAGCAUCUGUUAUUUUGGUGAUUGUUGUUAAGACUACAGUUUCUGCCGUCAUUACCAAAGCCUUUGGUUAUGGUGUUAAGACAUCGUUUCUUGUUGGAAUUAUGCUUGCUCAAAUUGGGGAGUUUGCUUUUGUCCUAUUAAGUCGUGCCUCAAAUCUUCAUCUUGUUGAGGGUAAGAUGUACCUUCUUCUUCUCGGCACAACGGCUCUUAGUCUGGUGACAACUCCUGUACUCUUCAAGCUGAUACCUGCUGUCAUGCACUUAGGAGUUUUGAUGCAUUGGUUUCCUGCAGAUACCACCCCACAGCCUGAGGAGAAAACUUUGGUGACUGAAGGACAUAGCAAAAUGACGGAACAACGGAACAGAGUGUUAUGAGUCACAAACUCCAACAUGUUAACAUCACCAAGAGUUGUAGGCUACAACAGUCCUGAUGAUAUUGAUGAUGCCUUUUGAGUUACUAGCUAUACAGUAGUAUAUGGCAGUUAACUUAGUUAGGAAUAUUCAUGUACAUAUAGGAGAGGGGGGUUUUGUCUAUCUGUAAUACAUGUGCACAGGGCAUUUAGGUAGGUGCUAAUGUAGAAUGUGUGACAAUACAUUUUAACAGCCAAUUUUGAUAGACUUCUUGGUGGGAGGCACAUUUAUUCAAGAAUGCCAUAUGCACGUUUUGGCAUAUAAAUGUGGAAAGCUGUAUAUUUGAUUGUACCAGAUGUCCCAGUAACUAUAUUUUCAGUGAAGAGAUAUAAAUGCAGAUUUUUUUUAUUUUUGAUUUA